UCGUGACGCCAACAUGAGGCUCCAUCACCUGCUCCUCGCGCUCUUCUUCCUGGUCCUGUCUGCUGGGUCAGGAUUUACUCAAGGAAUAAUAAAUCAUCGAAGCUGCCAUAGGAUUAAAGGCGUCUGUGCGCCGGACAGGUGCCCUAGAAACAUGAGACAGAUUGGCACCUGUCACGGGCCCCCAGUAAAAUGCUGCAGAAAGAAGUAACAGAAGGCGAAGACGCGGCCGGGACCGAUGCGGAGUCAGAAACUGCGCCCUUAGACAGAGCGUCUAAAAUUUAAACCAGAAUAAAUUUUGUUCAAAGUU